CGUGACUGGCGAGUAUGUCUUUAUUCACAAAUUCACAAAUCUUGGGGUCGUUUUAUGCCCUUAUUGUAUACUUAUCGCAUAGAUUUUCAGGAAUUAUCGCAUUCUGAAAUAUUUGGAACGGUUGCGGCGGAUAUUACAUGGCUAAAAAUAUUUUCUUCCUGGAUGAAAGCACAUAAAAGAUCAUUAUUAUCGAAAGCAUCGCUUGCAUGGAAUCUUUUACUGGUUUUUGCUCGUAUAGAACUAUUCAGUUUCGUCGAUGAAAUCCAUUAUAGGAAUGCAAAAACAUCUUUUGGUGGCCUAACUGGUCAUAAGGGCACUAUUUCGUUAAGAAUUCGCUUCAAGUCUUUGGUGUUAAUCACGUCUCAUUUUUUGCCAUCGGCAGACAAUUAUGCUGAACGAUGUGAACAGUUUAAAAAUAGUAGAUUAUGCACUUUUGAUGAUGAUGAAAAUAAUUCAGUUAAACAAAAUAUAAUAUGGCUUGGUGAUUUUAAUUUUCGUGUCGAUGGAUUAUCAGUUGAUGAAACGAUCGAGAAGAUUUCGAUGGGUAAAAUUAAGGAAUUGCUUAAUAAUUUUGAUCAGUUGAAUAAAGCAAGACGAAAGCGAGAAGCAUUCAGUGAUUUCAGUGAAGCACCAAUUUCUUUUCCUCCAACAUAUCGUAUAUUAGUAAGUGUUGGCUCCACGAAAUAUGAUUUAUUGCGGGUUCCAUCGUGGUGUGAUCGUAUUCUGUUCAAGGGGGAUUCGCUGUCUUGUAAACGUUAUGAAUCGUAUCAGCUGAUUACUAUUGCAGAUCAUUUUCCCGUUUUUGCCGAAUUUUUAUUAUCUUCUAUAUCGAACAAGACACUUCAUUCAUGGAAUAUUGUGUUCCAUCCUGUUUCUGGUUGGAUUGACGCCAUUCCUUUUUCAUGCAAUUUUAUUUUUCUUAAUGAUUUCUGGAAAGUAAAUGGUUCGUAUCGUGAUUGGAUAGGCGUUUAUUCCGCUGAAUUUGAAAAUUAUUUUGAACCUAUUCACUGGAUUUAUGUGGUUACAUGCGACAGUAUCGACAAUGAAAAAAUGGCUCUUGCAGAAUUCCCAAUGCUAACUGCAGGAAAGUAUCGCCUUGCUUAUUUUAGUAUCAAGAAAAACUCUAUUCAAGGCUUAUCUGAUCCAUUUGAAAUCAUUAACGUUAACAAAAACAAAGAACAAUGA